CGCACGUCUGGUGGUCAAAGAGAUGCGUGCGCGCCUACUGAGUCGGUCAAAAAAAAGCAGCAGAUUUCAAAUGAGGCUGGACACAAGACUACCGUAGCCAUCCAUAGCACGUCGUCUUCACCGAUUUGAACAACAACUUGGAUUAAGAAAGUACACAAUUUUUUCUCGUUUCAUAAAUUACGCAGUGAAGAUAAGAAAGGUUUGGGUAAAGUUCGGAUACACUCUUGGCUAGUUAUAUUUCUGAUGUGUUUUGCCUGUGCAAUAAUGACAUUUUGAGGGGAGAGAAACAGUCAUUCAUUUGGACAACCGUGAGAGUUCAGUUAAACUUUAUUUUACACCUGUGACCUGAUACGGGAUCGACUUUGGUUGAGGAGAUUAUAUGCCCAAUGGAUGGAAAUGCAAACAUAAACUUAAAUGCAAAAGUAUUCGUAUGGUUAAAUUAAAAUCAAACGAAUGAUGACAAUUCCAUCCAAUUGAACCAGUUGAUGGUUUCAACCGGGGGAUUGUUUCAAACCGCAUUCAUCAUGCAAAUGUUUAAAUGCAAAGACAACGCAAGAGAUAAAGAAUAGUGCGUAGGCUACUGGGCUGCUAAUAAAGUGUUGUCGUGAUGGUGCGCCUGCUAAACUAUCUCAUGCUGGGGUACCUGACCUGGAAUCUACGGAUAUCAGACGCACAAGGAGAGUACUGCCAUGGGUGGCUGGACAGUAAUGGAAAUUACCACGAGGGCUUUCAGUGUCCGGAGGACUUUGACACCAUGGACGCAACCGUGUGCUGCGGGUCUUGUUCCCUGCGGUACUGUUGCGCGGCCGUGGACGCACGGCUGGACCAGGGAAGCUGUACGAACGACAGAGAACAGGAGAACACGGAGUUUGCAGCGCAGCCCAUCUAUGUGCCCUUCCUGAUGGUGGGCUCCAUCUUCGUGGCCUUCGUGGUGGUGGGCUCCUUGGUUGCUGUCUACUGCUGCACCUGCCUGCGGCCCAAGCAGCCAACACAGCAGCCUAUCCGUUUCCCUCUGCGCAGCUGCCAGACCGAGACCAUCCCCAUGAUCCUGACCACUGCGCCACCCAGCCUGCGCACCCCCUCGCGCCAGUCCAGCACGGCCACCACCAGCUCCAGCUCGGCUGGCGGGGGCAGCUCGGUGCGCCGCUUCUCCCUCGGAGGUCAGGGUCAGCAGCAGCACGGGUGCUUGGUGUCAGCAUCUGCAUCCUUCUCCCCCUCCAUGCCCCAGCCGCUGCUUCCACCACCCCCGCCGCCCCCCUACACCUCUCCCACGGCCUGCAUGCCAGGUGGCAGCCAGCAACCCCAUCCCCACCCCCACGCCCAGCUGCACCAGCCCAUGCACCAACACCCGGCCCAGGGCACGGGCUUCUUGCUGCCCCAGCAAUACUUCUUCCCCCUGCAGCCGGAGCCCUUCUCCGGGGUCAAGGGCUUUGCAGACUUUGGACAGAGCUGACGGGGCUCCACGGGCAAUGAGGAGGGGGAUUACAGGGGCACUGUGUGAUGUGAGCAGGGUUGUGUUCACUAGGCACCAAACGGAAGAAAAUGGACCGAAACUAGGAAGGGACUACCUGAACCUGUCCAGAAUGAGUUUGUUUAACGCUGUGAGACGUUUUAAAUCACUGAACGUUACUGAACAUGAGCCUGGUGUGUUGUGUUGACAGACAGUCAGUGGCUAAGGGGAGGACUGCUCUGACGUGCAGUACAGUUGGCCUGUUGAAUGGAGACUGGGUGACAGGACAGUUAGGAGGUGCUCAAGAUGAACCACAAGAAAUCUCCCUAGUCGAGCUGAAUACAUGGGUCUUGUCUAAGUCAGUGGUUCCCAAACUG